UUUGCGCUCGCUCUCACACCACACCAUAAUAAAACUCGAAACCCCCCAAAUCUCUCUCUCUCUCUCUCUUUGAGAUCUCGUCUCCUACUAAAGAGAGAGCGUAAACGAGAAGGGGAGGUGUGAGAUCGAGCCAAAGAUGGAUCCGGAUUCGGUUCGAUCCACGCUAUCGGGCCUCGCAUUGGGCAAUGUAAUGGCCGCGGCCGCGAGGGACUACCAAAAGGAAAUUCUAGCUAAAGAGAAGGCUCCAGCAACAUCUGCUACCAACCAGGAAGUCGAUCUUGAUGAAUUGUUGGAUGACCCAGAACUGGAGAAACUGCACGCAGAGAGGGUAGCCGCUCUCAAGAAAGAGGUCGAGAAGCGAGAAGUCCUAAAGAGGCAAGGGCAUGGAGAGUAUAGAGAAAUAUCCGAAGGUGACUUCCUCGGAGAGGUCACUGGUAGUGAAAAAGUCGUGUGCCAUUUCUACCACCGAGAAUUUUAUCGUUGCAAGAUAAUGGAUAAGCAUCUGAAGGCUCUAGCACCACUGUACUUCAACACGAAGUUCAUCAAGAUCGACGCUGAAAAUGCGCCGUUUUUUGUGACGAAACUAGCCAUUAAGACAUUGCCUUGCAUCGUACUGUUCAGGAACGGCGUAGCUUUUGAUAGGCUGGUUGGAUUUCAGGAUCUCUGCAGCAGAGAUGAUUUCACCACAAGAGCUUUAGAGAACCUUCUUAAAAAGAAAGGUAUCAUUGACGAAAGAAAAGGAGACGGCGACGAGGAAGAUGAAAACGACGACACAGAUCAUCCCAGAAACAGGAGCAUUAGAUCCUCAGCUGUUCAGGAUUCUGAUUCAGAUUGAGCAGCAAUGCGAGCCGCUUCUUUCUCCCGCUACAAAACCUCGCCUCGUUGUAAUAUCUUUUCACUAAUUUGAAAAACUUAAUCGUGAUCGAAGUGCGGCUUUGGUUUAAGAAAAUUUGAACAAUCGAUGUAUUGAGUGCUGACAAGUUUGCAUGGAAUCAUGGCAAGAGUUGUAUGCUAGCAAUCUAUUUUAGCUGUAAAAUGCUUACAAGCUACUACUUUUGGUUUAAUAUUUUA